AUGGAAGCAGAAACUUCAUGGGUGAGCCAUUGCAAUAGUAACUCACCAAAUCACAAUGUGGAUUUCGACUCAUUCUCGGAUCUCAACGAAGUUGAAGCUGAAAAUGAAAUUCUAGCCGUCUCUUUAGAUUUAAUUUUACCAGACGACCUCUUGGAACGUAUACUGACCUGCCUUCCAAUAGCUAGCAUCUUUCGAGCAGGCGCCGUCUGCAAAAGAUGGCACGAUAUAGUGACAUCAAGGAGGUUUCUAAUAAACACUUCCAACGUGUUGUAUUCGCAGAAGAAGCCUUGGUACUUCAUGUUCACCAGCUCGGACGAGCCCAUUGGCUAUGCCUACGACCCCAUCCUCCGUAAAUGGUACAACAUCGAGCUCCCAUGCAUAAACACUUCUAAUUUAUUCAUAGCCUCCUCGUGUGGAUUAGUGUGCUUCAUGGACAAAGACAGCCGAAAUGGGCCGUACUUGUGCAACCCAAUUACGAAAUCUUGUUGCGGGCUGAACGAUCCUCCUGGCCCGAAAUUCUCGGACUACAGCUCGUUGGCUGUCUCGGUCGACCGGGCCUCGUUCGAGUACGAGGUCUCGGUCGUGAAGUGCAAGGAGAUCCCGGGAAACUUCUUCCAGUGGGACUUGUCGAUCUGCGUGUACUCCUCGAGGGAUGCCACGUGGACGAUGACCCUGAACGAGACCCUGACGGGGUGGCGGGCCGGGGAAGAGAGUGUGAUUUGCGGUGGGGUCCUAUACUUCUUGAUCUACUCUGUUGGGGGCGUGGGCCCAGCCCAACCUGAGGCCCGCCACGGACUCCUGGCAUACAACCUGAUGGCCCGGCCCGUGCGAGGGGCUCUGAUGGGGAGCUUUGUGCAUGUGCCGUGCCCUUUGACAUGCGGACGUCUGAUGGGCAUAGGGGGGAAGCUCGUGAUGGUCGGGGGAAUCGGGAAGCCCGACCGCCCGGGCAUCAUCAAGGGGAUAGGUGUGUGGGCCCUGGAAGGGAAGGAGUGGCGGGAGAUGGCUCGGGUCCCACACAAGUACUUCCAGGGCUUUGGUGAGCUGGAUGAUGUGUUUGCCAGCAGUGGCACGGAUGACUUGAUAUACAUACACAGUUACGGGUCGCCAAUGCUUCUCGUUUUCGACGUGAGUUUGAGGCAGUGGAAGUGGUCCCAGAAGUCUCCGGUCACCAAGAAAUUUCCCCUACAGCUUUUUACAGGCUUUUGCUUUGAGCCGAGAUUGGAUAUAGUGCCUUAG